AUGCCAACAACACCUUGGCGGACGUUGAGCCAUUGUUUCAUCAAGCCGCCGUUGAGAUCCAAACUAGGGAACCGCAAAAGGUCCAACCACGGGCUGGCGGAUGCUGCCGACAGAGCUCUGGCCAGGACCCUGAGAAAUUUUGCCCCAAAACUCGGUCUGGAGCUUGGCUGGGGUUUUACGGCGAGGACAUGA